AUGGCUUCCGCAACCGCGGAAUUUGGCAUCGACGUGCUUGCCCGCUACAAGCCCAUUGCCCUCGACCCAGCCAGCCCGAAACUCAGCGCAGAGCAAAAAGCCGACCUCCUCUCCAACAUCUCCCUCCUCCUCGACACAAUUGUCUACUUCACGGCUUCCGGCGCCGCACGGGGCGAUACCAUCCCCGAAGUCUGCAUCCUGGAAGCCUUCUUCAAGCACUCCUCUGAGAAGUACAUGCCUGUCAUCUACGAUGAGUCCGGACACAGAGUCACCACUCAAUACCUGCUGAGCCUCACGCCUGGAGUCGCGUUCAGCUCGGGGCGUCUGGGACACCUGUGGAGCUUUGUCAAUGGUGUUGCGUUGGCGCAUCCCGAGAAGACGCUGUUCAUGCUAGGUUCGGAUGGCAGUCAGCAGGAGGGAGACGAUGCGGAGGCGGCGAGAUUAGCUGUGGCUCAAGGCUUGAACGUCAAGCUCUUGCUGGACGACAACGAUGUCACAAUUGCUGGCCACCCCUCUGAGUAUCUCAGGGGCUACUCUCUGCUGAAGACGUUGGAGGGUCACGGACUGAAGACCAUUGUGGCUCAAGGAGAGGAUAUCGAUGAGCUCUACGCUGCUGUCUGCACUGCCGUCACUACCGAAGGACCAGCAGCGGUCGUCGUUAAGCGAAAGAUGGCCCCGGGAAUCAAGGGUCUUGAAGGAAGCACACACGCCGACGACGUGAUCCCCGUCAAGAAGGCCGUCGAGUACCUGCAGAGUAAGGGCUACGACCAAGCGGUCUCCAAACUGGAAGCCAUCACCCCCAACUCUCUCGCAUACCUGUACUCAGGUUCCGGAUCGGAGAAAUUCGCCAACCGGGUCGUCUUUGGCGAAGCAGUAUGCAAAGUCCUCGAGCCCCUCUCCAAGGAAGAAGCCAAGAGGCGUGUAUUAGUCAUCGAUUCUGAUCUUGCUGGCUCAACCGGUCUCUCGGUAAUCGCCAAGAACCACCCCGAAGUAUUCCUCGCAUCCGGCAUCAUGGAGCGUGGAAACUUCACCGCGGCAGCUGGCUUCGGCGCUACCAAAGACAAAGUCGGCGUCUUCUCCACCUUCUCCGCCUUCUGUGAGAUGAUCAUCUCGGAAAUCACCAUGGCUCGGCUGAACUUCGCCAACGUGUUAUGCCACUUCUCUCACUCGGGUGUGGACGAGAUGGCCGACAACACGUGCCAUUUCGGCCUCAACACUUUCUUCGCUGACAACGGCCUCGUUGAUGGCGAUACCACCCGCUUGUAUUUCCCAGCCGAUGCCAACCAGAUGCGCGCUACCGUCUCCAAGGUCUUCUGGGACCAAGGUAUCCGCCUCGUCAUAUCCACCGGCGCCAAGGUCCCCUUGAUCUUCAAGGAAGGCACCCAGGAGCCAUACUACGGCGCAGGCUACGAAUUUACCCCUUCCAAGGACGACUUCAUCCGCACCGGGAAGGUCGGAUACGUAGUCUGCUACGGUGAGAUGGUCUACCGUGCUUUAGACGCCGUCGACCGACUGCGCGCGGAGGGCGUAGACGUCGGUCUUGUCAACAAGAGCACAUUGAACGUAGUCGACGAGGCGGCGACGCGCAUCUACGGAUCGGGUCCGUUCGUGCUGGUGGUCGAGAGUCUGAACCAGAAGACUGGGCUGGGUAGCAAGAUGGGCACGUGGCUGCUGGAGCGACAGCUGACGCCCAAGUACAAGUACAUCGGCACCACCAAGGAGGGCUGCGGCGGGCUGGGCGAGCAGAUCUUCCAUCAGGGACUGGAUGCUCAGAGUGUAAUGAAGGCAGUGAGGAGUUUGCAGCCCUUUCGCCUACACCGCACGGCGUCGACCCCCAAGCACGAGGCCGCCUACCACCAGCAUCUGACGGAGGUACUGUACCACAGUACAACAGUAACAGUACAACCGUACAACCGUACAACCGUACAACAGAUCACGGGGAAAAGAUGCCCCGUGCCGGCCGAGCCCGAGCCGGGAGCCUCAAAUGAAAUCUUCUUCGGGCCUGCCGUGCGGCUCGUCACGUGCUCCAAAUCUUCCACCAAGAAAGGCAUGGCCGCUGCCGAGUCGCAGUGGGAGCCCACCAAGGAGAUUUCGGGUCACGAUGAUCAAGGGGUCGUGGCCGGCGACGUCGAGGACCUGGAGCGUGAUGGACAUGCGAAUUUCAAUCGGCUGGGUUGGAAGCGGCUCACCGUCGUGCUGCUGGUCGAGGCCAUCGCGCUCGGCGCCUUGUCAAUCCCCUCGGCCUUUGCGACGCUGGGGAUGGUCCCCGGUGUCAUCACGACCGUCGGGCUGGGCUUCGUCGCCAUCUACACGAGUUACAUCGUGGGUCAGGUCAAGCUGAAGUUCCCCCAUGUGGCCCACUACGCCGACGCCGGACGCCUGAUCGCUGGGAAAUUCGGAUACGAGCUGAUCGGUGCCAUGUUCUCGCUGCAGCUGAUCUUCCUGGUGGGAUCCCAUUGCCUGACGGGGACCAUUGCAUUCCUCAAAAUCACCGAGAGUAGCACCUGCUCGCUGGUCUUUGGCGUCAUCUCGGCCGUCAUCCUCCUGCUCCUGGCCCUGCCCCCAUCUUUCGCCGACGUAGCGAUUCUGGGAUAUAUCGAUUUCGUAUCUAUCAUAGGCGCCAUCGGGAUUACGGUCAUCGCCACGGGUCUCACCCGGGGAGAUAUGCCUGCCCAAGCGGAUUGGUCAGCCUGGCCCAAGGAGAAUACCAGCUUCACGGACGGCUUCAUUGCCAUCAGCAACAUCGUAUUUGCAUACUCCUUCGCGGUCUGCCAGUUCUCUUUCAUGGACGAAAUGCACACCCCCAAGGACUUCGUCAAGUCCAUCUGGGCGCUCGGCCUCAUCGAGAUCGUCAUCUACACCGUCACCGGCAGUCUCAUCUACGCCUUCGUUGGCAAGGAUGUGGAAUCUCCAGCUCUCCUCUCGGCCGGCCCCCUGAUGGCCAAGAUCGCAUUCGGCGUCGCUCUCCCCGUCAUCUUCAUCUCUGGAUCCAUCAACGGCACUGUCGUUGGACGUUACCUCCACGGCCGAAUGUACAAGGAUUCCAUUGUGCGAUUCAUCAACACCAAGCAGGGAUGGCUCACCUGGAUCCUCUUCAUCACUGUUAUCACCGUUAUCGCUUGGGUCAUUGCGGAGGCGAUUCCUUUCUUCUCGGAUCUGCUCAGCAUCAGCUCGGCAUUGUUCAUCUCCGGCUUCACCUUCUACUUCCCGGCUAUCUUCUGGUUCAUGCUCCUCAAGGAGGGCAAGUGGAACGCGACGAAGAUGAACAUCCUCCUGAGCUUGGUCAACGUUGCUGUCUUCCUCAUCGGCAUGAUUGUCUUGGUCGGGGGGACAUAUUCGUCUAUUGUUGAUAUCAAAGAUCAAUACAGUUCCGGCGCGGUACGGGGUGCUUUCACCUGCGCACCAAUUGGCUCCGAGUGA